CGGGGGCCACUGCGGCGGGCCCGGGGUGCGGGCGGCCGGGCAGCAGCGGCGGGGACAUGUCGCAGCACAGCACGCUGCUCCACCUGYUCGCCGGAGGAUGUGGUGGCACAGCCGGAGCCAUCCUGACCUGUCCCCUGGAAGUGGUGAAGACACGUCURCAGUCAUCCCAGCUGGCACUGCGGCCUCUAUACCUUCCAGAGAUACAGCUGCCAGGGAUGAGUGUGAGGCUCAUGAAUCCCACUCCACCAUCUCCCGGAGUGCUCCAGUUGCUGAGGGCCAUCCUUGAGAAGGAAGGCAUACGGUCGCUGUUCCGAGGUCUGGGUCCAAACCUYGCUGGUGUUGCUCCUUCCCGGGCCAUAUAUUUUGCUGCCUAUUCUAGUAUUAAGGAGAGGCUUAAUACUGUCAUGGUGCCAGAGUCCAAGAAAGUACACAUAUUAGCAGCAGCCUGUGCAGGCGUUAGCUCAGCCACACUCACCAACCCCAUCUGGUUGGUGAAAACCAGGAUGCAGCUGGAAGCCAGGGUGAAGGGGGAGAUGACCAGCAAUGCUCUCCAGUGUGCCAUGCACGUGUACCGCACGGAAGGCCUGCGUGGAUUUUACCGCGGGAUCACUGCCUCCUACGCCGGAGUGUCGGAGACCAUCAUACACUUUGUCAUCUAUGAAGCACUCAAACAGGAGCUGAGAAACAGCCAGCAUUCCCAUUCCUCAGCACUCACACUUCCACCAACCAACCAYGAUUUCUUUGGACUAAUGGGCGCUGCUGCUGUCUCCAAAACAUGUGCUACGUGCAUUGCAUAUCCACACGAGGUCAUUCGGACACGGUUGCGAGAGGAAGGGUCACGAUACCGUUCCUUUACACAGACUGUGCAGCUCGUGGUCCGCGAAGAGGGACCCUCGGCUUUGUACCGGGGGCUCCUGGCRCACCUGAUCCGCCAGAUCCCAAAUGCAGCCAUCAUGAUGGCUACCUAUGAAAUCAUCGUACAUUUGGCCUCUUCUACCUUGUAAGCUGUAGCAYCUGGCUGAGGCUGCUGUGGAGGUACAGGGACAUCACAGUCCUGAGACCUGAUCUUUUUCACUGUUCUGAGAUUGGUGCUUUUUGUCACAGAUCAGAACUGGGUCAGGCAUUCUCAGGACACAAUGACUAUUUUGUGCCAAGUGUUUUGCUCCAAUGUGCACAAUGUAGCCUUUUUAUCCUAGAGACUUGAAUUAUUCCAGUGCUCCAAGAUGUCAGAGCACUGGUUUGACAGUGCCUUUUGUAAACUCCCUGGAUGAAACAAGGGCAUGGAACUUACUGGGAAGGAGACAAAGCAGAAGGUAUAAAAGUGUCUUAGCCCCAGCAUGUUCACUUUUUUUGGACCCAGUAACAACCAUACGUGGGCACAGCUGGGCAUGAAGACAGGCUAGGGCUGAGACAUCUGAGAGAACAGCAGCAGAGAUCUUGUGCUGCAACCUUUCAUGCCCUCCCUUCCACUCUCACCUGCUGUACUGCCUUCUUGCCCCAAGUAGGAUUUCUCAACCYUGGCUGCCAACAAAUUGCAGAAUUUUCCUUUGGGUCCUUCACAUGUUGCAGCCACUGCCCCAAGAUGUGUCRGGCAGCUGACAGCCCUUUUUUGUCUUGCAGGGUCUGAAAAAACAGACCAAGUAGAUCCAGGGAAGAAGCACACAAUCUGCUGUGAAGCACUGUCCAUCCUAACAACUCAUGCUACUGCUGGGUUCAGAGCCAUGCUUUGCAAGUGUCUAUUGUGUUUCCAUUCCCUCCAUUCUCAGCAGAAAGGGGAGGAUGCCUCCUUCUCCCAGAAGUGCUGGGGCUGUUCUACAAGCUGGAACCCCUGGUWUGAAAAACACUCUGUCAUACUGAUAAAGAAAGCAGAUCCAGUGAGAAGAUGGAUGAAGCUAAGGAGAUUUGGCCUUUUUCUAUUGAUACACUAAGUGUAUGAAAAGAGCCUUAUUUAUUUCUUUUCCUGUAUUCAAGAAUUCGGUUUGCUGCAUGUGCUACAUUUGCCUGUGACAGGCUUGGGUGCCUUCUAUCCCUC